UAAAAGCACGACUGCCGGCAUCGAAAAUAAGUGAUAUAACAAAUGCUCGGUGCUAUGCUAAACUGAAGAAGGCAAGAAGCCUUGCGGAUGAUGACUUGACGCUGACCACAAACACCGAUGGCAGCCCAGUCUUCAAGUCGUCAAAAACAUCUGUGUGGCCUAUUCAGUUCAUUGUUAAUGAACUGCCACCACACUUGCGGUUCAAGCACCCGGUACUUGCAGGACUUUGGUUUGGCAAGUCGCAUCCAAACAUGCAACUCUUCCUUGAAAAGUUUGUGCAAGAAGUGAACAGCACGAAACCAGUGACAUGGACUUACCAGAACAGGGUCCAUGCGUCUUGGCCUUUCGUGCUGUGUUGUUCUGUGGAUGCGCCUGCAAGGGCAGCUGUGCUAAACAUGGUGCCUUUCAACGGCUACUUUGGAUGCCCCUGGUGCCUUGUAAGGGGCGAGCAUGUGGAAGGGAGCAUGAGAUACGUCACAGAUGAGCCAGUUGAGGCACGGACUUCGGACCUCGCCAGGAGAGAUAUGAAGAUGGCACUUGAUUACAAAGAUGUCAUCAAUGGUGUGAAAGGACCAUCAGCAUUGAUGAGCUUGAAAGGUUUGGAUCUCGUGAACGGUCAAAGUGUUGAGUACAUGCACUGUGUACUUCAAGGUGUCAUUAAACAACUGACUGAGGCGAUCUUGACUUCUACGAACAGCAACCAGCGCUUCUAUGUUGGUGCGCCUUCAGUUGCUGCGAGGAUAGAGUCGCGGCUGCUUGCCAUAAAGCCCCCACACUGGGUGACCAGGCUGCCGCGCCCGCUCAAAGAUCGUGGCCACUGGAAGGCAUCUGAGUGGAGGCAAUGGAUAUUGUUUUAUGCACUCCCUUGCCUUGAUGGUAUUCUGCAUCCUGAGUAUUGGAAGCACCUGUCUCGGCUUUCGGAAGGCAUCCACAUCCUUCUUCAGGAAGAAUUGGGCGCCCGUGACAUUGACAGAGCAGAGGCCCUCCUGAGCAAUUUCGUUUGCCGCUGCAAGACAUUAUACGGCACAGCAUUCAUGACGUUCAAUGUCCAUGCCCUACAACACUUGGCAAACUGUGCUCGCUCACUUGGACCACUUUGGGCACAUUCAGCGUUUGUAUUUGAGGGGGGGAAUGAAAGCAUUGUGCGCCUCGUGUCAGCUGCAAACGGGCUACCACGGCAGAUAACUGAACGAGUCAUCAUGGCACAAAAGCUGAAUAAGCUGAUAGAAAGUCCCCUGUUAUCUAUUCAAGAAAGAGAGCUUUGCAAUGAGUUCAUUGGGUACCCACCCAUAAAAAAGGCAUUACAUGUUUGCAAUUUGACUUUGCUGGGAAAGGGAAAAGUUACAGCUCUCAGUGCUAAUGAACAGGACAAACUUCAUCAUUCUUGUGGGACAUCCAUAACAAGGGCAGUGGAGUAUGAGCGUUUCAUUAUGAAGAAACAAGUAUUUCACAGCACUGCCUACCAAAGGGCAACAAAAUCUGACACAAGAUUCAUCAGAACAAACAGUGGCUGCUACAAAUGCAUCGAAAAGAUAUUCUUUGUAAAACAGGCAGACAUUUGUGCUCUCUUCUGCAGGCCACUAAUUAUUGCAGAUGCAACUGCAGUGCCUCCUCACAUUAAGGAAUGCUUCUUGUCACCGGACAGAAAUUUAGAUUUAUUGCUUCCAGAGAAGGUGGCUGACACCUGUAUGUAUAUCAAUUUCACAAAUGAAGGAAAAACAUUCAUUUGUGACUUGCCAAACAAAAUUGAAAGAGAUUGAAUUUGGUUAUGAAUGCAUUAUGAGAGAGGGCCCAUAAAGGAACGAGAAUUUUUCACUCAGGUGGGAGAGGGACGUUAACACCGAUGCACGUCACUAGGUAGACAUGCUGCGCUGUCAUCUCCAUAGGCAAGCAGUGACCUUGUGCAAAGUUAUGUCUGCUCACUGCAUUGCUUUCUUAUAAGCCUCCAUUGACUGCAUCAGUUUUGCUGUGGUGGACAUAACAUCUGUGCGUUUAGUUCAUUUCUGUAUUGAGAAAUUGUUUGACGUAAAAGGGCUUGUUAAUUUUAAAUUUGCACCACAAGUUCAGGUAGUCGACCAGCAUAUUUACAGUAUUUACAAGUAGUUAUGUGAUGUGGUUAGAAGUAAAUGCCUUACUCUGUGAAUGUGCAGUGGGCUUGUGCACCACAGCAGUACCUUUGCCAACACAGCACUCAGCAUGUGGCACUUUUUGACAAAAUGUGGGAUGACAACCGUACAACGUCCCUGCUCCUCAGAUCUUGCCCCCUGCAACUAAUUUCCUAGGCUAAAGCAAGUGCGUAGCUUUUUGUAUGUCAUUUUUCCUUUUCUGCAAAGCAGCAAAUGUUUGAUAUUUUUAAUGACUCAUUCAUUGUUAACAGCUUUCAUUUUUGAAAUAGCAGUGCGUUUUCUAUUUUCUGUUGCCAAUUACUGUCAAUUUUUUUUCCUGUUUUUGAGUAUAUCAAUGCAUGGCCACAGAAAAACUAUAUGAAACAUCUUAUUUUUGGCAUGGAAGCCAAACGGUGCUUUUCUUGUUCUCCAUGUGGUAACUGGCAUUGAAGAAUGGCAAUUGCUGAGGCACAUGCUACAAUGUGUUUCUUUUGAGCCGUAUCCUUGCAAGGGAGGUUGGCAAAG